UGGGGGUUGUUUAACGCGCGUUGCAAGGACAACAGCCCUCACAGCAUGAGUGCAAGACCCAGGUCAGCGUGGCUCCGAGAGAAACUUUAGUAUGCAUCACAAACUCUCACCUUUCUGUCACGAUAUUCGCUGUUAUUUCAGUCUCAGCUGCGUUUAGUCGAAGAAGCUAAGCGAACGGCUAAGUGGACUUGUUAGCCUCUGGAGUAACGUCUGUGUCUGACAGGGGAGAGGAGGACGUCCGUCAGGAGAAUACGCUGCAGCCAUGGGUUUUAUUCAGAGCUACUGUGAAGCCAACUCCUCCAUCUCCCACACCUGGGUGGACCAAGGCAUCGCCCCCUGCUUCUACUUCACCCUCGUCCCCUCCAUCCUCCUCACCAUAGCCUUCUUCCUUGGCACCGUGCACUGCAUCUGCUACCAAAAAUACGGCACAGCCAUGGAGCCCAAGUUCAUCCCUCGUUCUCGCCUCUACGGCCUCCAGCUGGUCAUCUCCAUCCUCCUCCUGCUCCAGUUUCUCGGCGGGAUGGUGUGGAGAGCUGCCAGUGGAGGAGAGCUCCCGGGUUACGUGGUUCUUUACGGUUGUUUCUCCAUGCUUGGCUGGGUUUGGGCGAUCACUCUGCUCAGGACGGAGAGGCGCAGGGUGUUGGUGAUGGACAGAACGAGGGGCCACAGUGCAGCUCUGCUGCUGUUCUGGGCCGGGGCGUUUUCAGCGGAGAACCUCGCUUUUGUGUCCUGGUACAGUCCACACUGGUGGUGGGGUCUGGAGGACGAUCAGCAACAGGUGCAGUUUGCGCUGUGGCUGAUGCGCUACAUCUUCAGUGGGCUGCUCUUCUUCAUCGGUCUCAGAGCUCCUGGGUUGCCCAGGCGACCGUACAUGCUGCUGAUUAACGAAGACGAGCGAGACGUGGAGAACAGCGCUCAGAGCCUGCUGGGCGGAACAGGUGAGAACGAUUCCACCUGGCAGGGCUUCAGGAAGAAAGUCCGCCUGCUCGUACCCUACAUGUGGCCCCGGGGAAACCACCUCCUUCAGCUGCUUGUCCUCUUCUGUCUGGGUCUGCUCGGAAUCGAGAGAGCUAUUAACGUCUUCGUGCCCAUUUACUACAAGAACAUUGUGAAUGAACUCACUGAUGGCAGCAGCUGGAACACUGUGGCUACUACAGUGUGUGUUUAUGUCCUGCUCAAGUUCUUCCAGGGCGGUGGAGCAGGUGCCUCUGGGUUUGUCAGCAACAUGCGCUCCUUCCUGUGGAUCCGGGUGCAGCAGUACACCAACCGCGUGGUUCAAGUGCGUCUCUUCUCUCACCUGCACUCUCUCUCUCUGCGCUGGCACCUCGGCCGCAAGACGGGCGACGUCCUGAGGAGCAUUGACAGAGGAACCUCGUCCAUUAACAGCCUGCUCAGCUACAUCGUGUUCAGCAUCUUUCCAACCAUCGCUGAUAUCGUCAUCUCCAUCAUCUACUUCAUCACUUAUUUUAACGCCUGGUUCGGCCUGAUAGUCUUCGUCUGCAUGGCGCUGUACCUCACUCUGACAAUCAUCAUCACUGAGUGGAGGACGAAGUACAGGCGAGACAUGAAUCAGCAGGACAACAACGCCAAAUCGAAGGCUGUGGACUCGCUGCUGAACUUUGAGACGGUAAAAUAUUACAAUGCAGAGAACUACGAGGUGAGCCGGUUUGAGGAUGCCAUCCUUAAAUAUCAGGUGUCGGAGUGGAAGACCCAGGCGUCCCUGGCCUUCCUGAACCAAACCCAGAACCUCAUCAUCGGAUCAGGUCUCCUGGCCGGCUCGCUGCUCUGUGCUUACUUUGUGACUGAGGGAAAGUUUCAGGUUGGAGACUUUGUUCUGUUUGGUACCUACAUCAUCCAGCUGUACACCCCCCUCAACUGGUUUGGGACCUACUACAGAAUGAUCCAGAACUCGUUCAUCGACAUGGAGAGCAUGUUCAAACUUUUUGAAGAAGAGGAGGAGGUGAAGGACGUUGUCAAUGCAGGAAAUUUUCUGUACAAACUGGGAAAAGUGGAGUUUGAGAACGUUUACUUCAGCUACACUAAUGGGAAGGAGAUUCUUAAAGAUGUUUCCUUCAUUGUUCUUCCAGGACAGACCGUGGCCCUGGUCGGACCAUCCGGCUCUGGAAAGAGCACCAUUGUUAGACUUCUUUUCCGUUUCUACGAUGUUCAGGGAGGCUGCAUCAGCAUCGAUGGCCAGGAUAUUUCAAAAGUGAAGCAGACGUCUCUGCGAGCUCACAUCGGCGUCGUUCCUCAGGACACCGUGCUUUUCAACGACACGAUCAGGGAAAACAUCCGCUACGGCCGCAUCUCUGCCAGCGACCAGGAGGUGGAGGAGGCCGCUAUCGCUGCCGACAUCCACGACAAGAUCAUGACUUUCCCUGAAGGUUAUGACACCCAGGUGGGAGAGAGAGGUCUGAAGCUGAGUGGAGGAGAGAAACAAAGAGUGGCCAUCGCCAGAACCAUCCUCAAAGCUCCACAGAUCGUCCUGCUGGAUGAGGCUACAUCAGCUCUGGACACACAGACGGAGCGAAACAUCCAGGCCUCGCUGGCUAAAGUCUGCUCGAAUCGUACAACAGUGGUUGUUGCUCAUCGGUUGUCUACUAUAAUCAGUGCGGACCAGAUUUUGGUGAUCAGUGACGGGCGGAUUGCUGAGCGAGGACGACAUGAGGAGCUGCUGCUGAAGGGAGGUUUGUACGCAGACAUGUGGAUGAAGCAGCAGCAGGCCCAGGACUCCGACUCCUCAGACACUGAAACCAAAGACAGAAAGUCUGAGAAACUUCAGCCGCCAUCGACGUCUUCAGGCCGCCACGGCCACUGAAUGUGAUCUGGAGUUUUAUUUUGAAGGAGGACUCCACAUGAGUCCUCACUAAAGUGUUAAAAGUUCAUAAGUAGUUUGGGAACACUCAGAAGAUGGAGAUGGUAUUUAUUUUUAGGAAGUUUAAACUGAAUGUGCAAUGCAACGUUAGAUGCCUUCAUGUGGUGACACCAUGAGCUUUUCAGGACUUUAGGUAUAAAAUGCACUUCUGCCAAAUCAACGUUAGUCUAUGCUGAAACAUAACAAGCAUUUUCUUUUAUCAGGGUCAUUUUUGUCUGACUUGAUUUAAAUUAUUUAAAGAUACAAAGGGAGAAAGAAAAAAAUCUUUAAUCACGGCAUUAGGCUGCUACAGAAGCUGCAGAGGAUUUUAUUGUUUUGUUUUAAAGGUUCUGCUGUAGUAUUUAAAGAGACGUUUGAAAUGUUUGAUCACUAAAGUAAAGCUGGGGUACACUGCUGGUCUGACCACAUGGCAAUGGUUUAUAAAUACACAGAAAGUUGAUGUGUUAUUCAGCAACUUUCUGACUUUUUAAACGCUGUUUUAGAUUGGUUAAUACAAGCAUAAGUGGUAAAAUCAAUGUUUCCUAAUCCUCUGUAGUUGAAAAUGAUCGGCCGUCCUCAUGGAGGAUAUUUUGACUUGGAUAUAAAGGAACCAAGUAAGUGAUUAGCUGGAUUUGUGUUGAAGUUCAAAUAUCUUUGAUGAAAAGGCGCUCAGAUGUUUAUAAAAUCAUAAUAGUGAUAAUUAUUCUCAUUUAAUGUCAUCCUGGUGAACAAGUAUACAAAGCCAUAGAGGUCAUUUUACUCUCAGAAAUAGCCUGUCUUUGAAUUUUGUAUUCCUACCUCACAAAGGUAUCGUUGAAGAUUAUUACUCUUGUAAAUAUUUUGCUGUUGAGUCUUGUUCUUAUGAGAAAUUAAAGACUUUGUUUUUUA